AUGGACGAACAAGACCCUGGACUGCAGUUCUUUCCCGACGGCAACGUCGACUUGUACGGUACUCUCCGUGUAGACAAGGAGGCAACUCAAGAAGAAAUCAAGAAAGCAUACAAGAAGCUGGCGCUCAAGUUUCAUCCGGACAAGGUGCUUUCCAAUUCGGCAUCGGCUGGCGCUCAAGAUGCCAUCCAACAGUUUCAAAAAAUUGGCUUUGCCUAUGCGGUGCUCUCUGAUGAGGUGCGAAGACGUAAAUUCGACAACACCGGUUCAACCAAAGAGCUCAUGGUGGGCGAGGGCGAUGCAGAUUUCGACUGGAACGAAUACUUUAAGGAGCUCUGGACGGGCGAAGUUUCGCGUCAAACGUUGGACGAGUUCAAGAAAAACUACCAGGACUCUGCAGAAGAGAUAGAGGACAUCUUGGCUGCCUACGACGAGACACAAGGCGACUUAGCUGGCAUUUUUGAACAAGUACCCUGCAGCGAAUUCCUCGCUGACGAGGACCGAUUCAUCCGCAUCAUCGACCAUGCCAUCCAACAGGGAGACAUCAAGGCGACGCCCCUCUGGAAGCGUACCAAGAAGGACGGCGCACUUCGAAAGGCGUUGCGUCAAAAAGCACAGGGCGAGGCGGCGGAAGCUGAAAAGCUGGCCAAAGAGCUAGGUGUCUGGGACGAUCUCUUCGGCUCUGGUAAGGGCAAAGGAAGGCCUGCUCGCACAUCCAAAUCCUCCGCCAACCCGAAGAACGGAAGCAAGCCCGGCAAAAUCGAUAAAUCCAAUUCAAAAGCAAAUCAUGACCAAGCUGACGAUCUUUCCGGACUCGCAGCGCUCAUCCAGCGCAAGAAUCAGAACCGCGUUUCACAGUUUGACGACAUGAUUGCCAAACUGGAAGCAAAAGCGGGUGUCAAAGAGAAGCGUCCUACCGACGAAGAAUUCGAUCGUAUCCAAGCCGACAUCAUGGCUCGCAAGAAUCCAGGCAAGGAGAACAGCGGGGCCGACAAGAAGCGCGCGUCUUCCGCCUCGACCACAGCUCCGUCAAAGAAGAACAAGGGUAGCAAGUAG